UCCUGCUUGCUCCGGCUAAUCCACACACAGUAUGGAAGAAGUUAGCUGGUAACAAAUGCUUCUGGUGUUCGCUUAAACAAUUUUUCCGCUUAAAACGUGGAACACACACAAAAAAAAAAAUCUUGCUUGAACAAAGCUGUGGCGUUUCUUGAAACCAGUACAUUACUGCUUUACAUACUCUGAAGAAUAAUGAGCUCGCUGGCAGCCUUGAUCAGCAGUGUCAAGUCCAACACUGCAAACAAUACCCAAUUACAGCGUACUCUUGGAAAGAAACGGUCUGCAAGCAACGAGUCGAGUCAAGAUCAAUUGAUCAAAAAACUGAAAAAGGAAAAGGCCGCACAACCUAUAAAGACGAAAAAGAGCAGUAAGGCAGACGGUCCUGAUGUUGUUGUAUUUGACGAUUCAGCCUUGAGCAAGCAAACAAUCAGCGAUCGUGCAGACAGAAAGGCUUUCAUGUCAUCAAAAAUAUCCAAGGCAGAAACGUUAUCGAAUGGAAAGGAACCAAAAAAGAUGACGGAAAAGGAACAACAAGAUGAAGAGGAGAAUAAGCAGCGUGAUUUUGAGUUGAAUCAACUUUUGGCUACGUCAAAACUUCUUGAAGAUUACCAGAAAGAUGAAAUGACGGGCAAAGAACGACGGAAACACAUGAUGGAUAAGCUGGAGAAUUUGGGCGUAAAGAAAUCUGGAAACCCAAACAUGCCCUUGGCGAUGCAUAAAGGCAUGCAAGAAAAGAAACGCGAGCGGGAACAAAAACGAAUGCAGGAAGCCAUGAAUAUGGGUCUGUACGACAAGUCCCUGAAGCAUCUGUACACGUCCAGCACGAGCAAAAAGAAGGAACGUAACCGGGAUCCCGGAAUUACCAACGGCAUUGGCAGAAUGAAGGGUGGCACACUUAUCAUUGGGAAGCAAGACAUAGCACGGGUACAAAGACAAGGAACAAAGAGCAGUAGCAAUAAAAAGAAACGAUGAUGUUUUAUUCUUCACCGAGCAACAGUUUAAGCUCCUGGAUCCUGACAAGUCUUUCGGGUAUGAGGUUCAUCAAUUCGUCGAUUUCCUUUUCCUUAUCCACAUCUUCCUUGUCCUGUUCUUGUGUUAAUUGGGCAAAUUCUUGAAUGAUGUUUUGAUUAUCGUCGAUUUCAUCGUUUAUAUGGCGUACGCGCUCCCGAAUCGCCUGUACGUCCGUUUCUUCGCGA